UCUUCGCUCCUCCAUUUUCAUUCUUCCCUUUUGUCCUUUCAUCAGUCAGUCCCAAACAAAACCCCCCAUUUUCUUUUUCUUUUUCCCCUUUUUUCCCACUCUUCAUAUAAAACUACCCUUUAAUCUCUCCCCUUUUCACUCUUUUGCUUCCCCUGAACCCAGCUGAGCUCCCCUUUUUGCCAUUUUUGCCGUUUUUUCUCUGUGGGUCUUCACCGGAAUCGUGUUCUUGCUUCUGGGUCUGAAUCUGAAUGAGCUUGUUUGGACGAUUCUGAAUUUGGGUUCAUCAUUGGUUGGUUUUUUUUUAAUCCAAUGGGUGAAACAGAGGUGGGUUCGGUUCUUAGCCGCAUUUGCCGCAGUAACCGCUGGUCCUACGCCGUUUUCUGGAGUUUUGAUCAAAGAAAUUCCAUGUUGUUGACUUUAGAGGAUAUUUGGUAUGAAGAGCAAGUGGGGCUGAUAGCCGCUAAUAUGCUUCAUCAAGUCCACAUUCUUGGUGAAGGAGUCAUUGGCACUGCUGCUUUCACUGGAAAGCACCGGUGGAUAUUUUCAGAUGCUUCAAUUGGAGAAUGGAAUUCCUCGAUAUUUCAGGACAAUUUGGAGUUUCAACAACAAUUUUCCUGUGGGAUAAAGACUGUUGCAGUAAUUCCUGUUCAUCCUCACGGAGUGAUGCAGCUUGGCUCUAUUCAUAAGAUUUUGGAAAGUUUGGAGUUUUUAGCAGACGCAAAGAGAUCACUGAGUCAAGUGAUCAAUGGUGAUGAACUUGUAGCAAUGAAAACUACUCCCAUGGUUUCGAGUGCUGAUAUUUGUCACAGUCACUUUAACGAGCUUUUAACGUCCAUAGUCUCGUCUGCAAAUGCAGAUGAUUGGAGCCUCAGCGCUAUGCAUAAUAACAACCAUACAGACUUCACAGGGAAAUCUUAUGCUUCAAUUGAAAAACAGCAAGCCUUUGAUAGUUCCUACUUCAGUAAAAGUAGUUGUGAAACUUCUGUGCUGACUUCAUCUGAGCCACUACCAAGAUCCGACGUUAGAGAACAAGAUGCUCAACAUCCAAGUUAUUUGGACGGUCAUAUUCUCGAAUCUUGUAUAGACGAUAUGGAUUAUGGAAACCAAAGCUCGACAUUCGCAUCGGUGUCCAGUAGAACCGGUUUUCCCCAUACGGACAAUGUUCAGCAAUCAGUUCAACUACUUCCUCUGACUGAGGGUGAACUUAUGGAAAGUGUCACUUGCCUACCUGACUUCCAUGACAAGCAUAUUUCCGAGGAUUUUACUAUGGAUCUCCCCGACAUCUCCCUCGUAGAGGAUCUAUUUCAAUGGUUUGAUUCUUCACCAGAGAUCAGACCCAAUGGAGCAGCAACUACUACAUUGAACGAUAACCUUCCACAGUCCGUAGGAGUUCCCACAUUGUCAUCUAAUCUGGUUGAAGUUAAUAAGUCUACGGACGAUCUGACCGGCGUCUCCGCUCAAAGUUUAAUAACUCAUGGAUCUCAAUCCAGUGGACAAGACAAAACAGUAAGAAUACAGAAUGCAAAAGAUAGACUAUUUGACAGUUUGGGGUUGGAUACAGGAUUUCCAGUGGCCAAAUCUUGGGAUAACUUGAUAACAGAAGCUCAUGGCAGUUACUCGGGUGGGUGCAACAGUAUGUCUACGUGCACUUCGAAGUUAGCAGAUGGGUCGUCGGAUCUUCCUCGCAAGAGAUUAUUCUGGGAGUUGGGAAUUGAAGAGCUUUUGGAUGGUCUAAAUAACACUAGCUCUGCUACUAAGUCAAGUGUUGAGAAUCAUCAAUCAUCUGCCUCAAAAAGGUCAAAGAUGGAAAGAUGGUCGCUCGACAGUAAUCCGAUCCAAUUAGCCGAUCCAUGCAUCAACAUGAAUUUGACACAACCUUUGUGCACGGUUGAUCGUUUCCCAUGUAAGAAAGAUGCUGUACCAAAGUCACAGGUAAGUUCAUGGAUUGAUGAUAGCUAUAGUACCAAUAUUGGGGGCUCCCUCCUAGAACUAUCUCAGAAGAGUGAGGAGCCUGCUAAGACCAGUAAGAAAAGGGCGAGACCCGGAGAGAGUAAUCGUCCGAGACCCAAGGAUCGGCAACAGAUCCAAGAUCGUAUCAAAGAGUUGAGAGGAAUUAUCCCUAGUGGUGCAAAGUGUAGCAUUGAUUCGUUGUUGGAUCGUACGAUCAAAUACAUGCUUUUCUUGCAAAGCGUUACGAAAUACGCUGACAAGCUUAAAGAAACUAACAAACCAAAGUUGAUUGACCAAGAGAAUGGAGUGGCCUUAAAUGACAAAUGCACCAUGGAGAGAGGCAGUGGCGGAGUUACUUGGGCAUUUAAAGUGGGAGCAACACCAAUGGUUUGCCCGGUCAUAGUCGAAGACCUUAGCUCACCUGGUCAAAUGCUCGUCGAGAUGUUAUGCGAGGAAAGGGGCUUCUUCCUCGAGAUAGCAGACAUGAUUCGUAGCUAUGGAUUGACGAUUUUGAAAGGCGUGAUGGAGAUUAGAGAGGAUAAGAUAUGGGCGCAGUUCGUCGUGGAGGUGAAGCUAAAUACUAAUCAAAGCAUUACGAGGAUAAAUGUAUUUUUGUCACUCAUGGAGCUUCUACAACAAGCAAACAUUGGUGAAACUGAAUUACCUAAUCAUCAGUCAAACAAUGCUAUGGAUAGUGAUGUUCCUCUCAUGGAUUGUUUCCAAAAUCCAACUUUGCAAAUUCCCAUAACCUUGGCAGAGGCACUCCAAUGACAGAUUUCAAGACCGAACACUGUUAAUUGUUGUCCGUGACGACCGAGGAAGGAUUUUUGGCUCCUCAAGAACAACUUUGUCCUUACUACCAGUAAAUAUUUGACAACUCAUUAUUUUUUAAAGGAAAUUUUUGUUUUACAUUUCUCUCUCAAUUGUUAAAUGUUUAAUGGUGGUAAGGAUAAAGUUGUUCAUUGCUAAUGAGGAACUAAGUUUUAUCCGAUGUGGAAUUAGAGUUUCUAAGUUUGUUCUUUGUACAUAAAAGAGGACAUGAAGUUGAGCUCUUUUUUUUGCUUAAUUGUUUGUUUGUCGAUCAAUGCCUUAACUUGUGUAUAUGCUAAAACUAAUAAUAACUUUA